UUAAAACAAUAACUUUCCAUUAUCUUUUUGACCUCAAAUCUGUCUGCCAAUGGAUAGUGGCCCAGAUACGUUGUACACAAUACACCUAUAAAAUCACAAAUUUAUUAAUUAUUAAUUUAUUUCUUCCCUCUUUUCCUCCACCAUAUUUUCUAGGGUUUCAAGAAUCCGUUCUUUUAUGUUACUAUCUUCAAGAUUUUGGAGCUGAUUGACACCAGAAUUACGAGAUUGGAGGUUUAAUCAGUUUGAUUCGUUAGGUUUAACUGUUUCUUGUUUGGAUUAAAGAUUUGGGAAUUUUUGUGCAUGUGAACUGUUUGAUGAAAUUCCUCUGAGAGGCGGGUUUUUGUAAUAUAUUGGGAUUAAUACGUUUGAAGAGUGAUGGAUGAUUAUAUGAUCGAUACGAAUGGAUUGGACAAUGGUUCGGAUAUUGAAGGGGAUGAUAUAAGGUGUGAAAAUAUAGCGGAAAAAGACGUAAGCGAUGAAGAGAUUGACGCCGAAGAGCUGGAAAGACGGAUGUGGAAGGACCGAAUUAAGCUUAAACGGAUCAAAGAGAAGCAAAAGAUUUUAGCACAACAAGCUGCGGAAAAGCAGAAGGCGAAGCAAACGAGUGAUCAAGCGCGUAGGAAAAAGAUGUCUCGGGCUCAAGACGGGAUCUUGAAGUAUAUGUUGAAGCUUAUGGAAGUGUGCAAAGCGCGUGGUUUCGUUUACGGGAUUAUUCCCGAAAAGGGUAAGCCCGUAGGUGGUUCGUCUGAUAAUUUACGGGCUUGGUGGAAAGAAAAAGUUAAGUUCGACAAAAACGGGCCUGCGGCCAUAACUAAGUACGACACCGAUUGCAUAUCUAAAGGACAAGGAAUCGGUUGUCAAAACGGGAACUCGAACGCCAUUCUUCAAGAUUUACAAGACGCUACAUUGGGCUCGCUUUUAUCAGCAUUGAUGCAACACUGCGACCCACCGCAGCGGAAAUUCCCGUUAGAAAAAGGACAACCGCCACCGUGGUGGCCCACUGGCGGUGAAGAUUGGUGGAGUAGAUUAGGGCUUCCAAAAGGGCAAUCUCCACCGUACAAAAAGCCGCAUGAUUUAAAAAAGAUGUGGAAAGUCGGUGUUCUUACUGCGGUUAUAAAACAUAUGUCGCCGGAUAUUGCUAAGAUUAGAAAGCUGGUUCAUCAGUCAAAGUGUUUGCAGGAUAAGAUGACCGCUAAAGAGAGUUCGAUUUGGUUGGGGGUUUUGAGCCGCGAGGAGUCGUUAAUUCUACAAUCUAGUGGCGAUAACGGUGGUUCGGCGAUAACCGAGACACCUUCGGGUGGCUGUCUUGAUAAAAACCGACCUUCAGAUAGUUACGACAGUGAUUAUGAUGUUGACGGUGUUGACGAUGCACAGGCCUCGGUUUCAUCUAAAGAUCGUGAAGCGCCACCACGCGUUAAUGAUAAAAAGCAAACGCGAUCUGGUAACAAGAGAAAACGGGAUACGUUAAAGCCACCUCAGCAACAAAUAACGUCAGAUGAACCACGAGAUUCGGUGCCCGAUAUGAACCAAAUAGGUACAUCGUUAGCUGAUUUCCCGGUUCAAGAAAGCAUACAAGAAGAAGAUCAUACGUUGACAGGUGUCGGACCUCCAUUGGUAGAAACCGGAACCAAUGUUCAGAAUGUUCAGAUCGCCGCUAAUGACAUGUUACUGUAUCCGCCGUAUCAAGAGAACGAAUAUAGACCGAGUGGGGUCCAUUCCGGACGACAAAGUUCCGAAUUACAUCAUAUCGUUCCGUACCGUUUAUAUACUCCAUCAAUCGAAGAACAACAGCAUCCGGUUAACGAGUUCCAGAUUGAAAACCAUAAUGCGAUACAGAGUGAAGGUCUGCACAAUCUUGAAAAAGACGGGUUUCAUAACGGGCAUGAGAGACCCGUUGAUAACCAUUUUGAAUCGUCAAUCAAUAGUUUGUCGCUAGAUUAUGGGGGAUUCAAUAGCCCGUUUGAUCUAGGGAUCAACGCAACGACUUCACUGGAUACGGAUUUUGAUUAUCUGCUUGAUGAUGACCUUGACCUCAUGCAGUACUUCGGAGCUUAAGUUUUUUAGAAUGUUCUUCAAUGGAUAAUUGUAUGAGGAAUAAUACAAAGAUAACAACAAUGGCAUUGUUCAAGCCGAUUUGUCUGACAAGAAUGUAAGGUAAUAGAUCGAUUUCGGUGCUAAAAUAAUGAUGAUCCUGAAUGGUUGGUUUGUAAAAUGAAUGUCUUUCUGGGAAGUUCAGUCGUUUUCUUUUUUGUUACGUUUUAUGAUUCUUUUUUUACGAAAGAAAAAAAUCCUUUAGAAUUUGGUGAUGUUGCCAUGUUUGCCAUCUGUUCUGUCUUUACACGAUUUAAGAAUUCUCGAGCAUGCUAUUUUUGAUA